CAGCCAGCAUAGCAGCGAGUGAUAUGAGUUAACUUAGAAGUAAAGGUAAAGGCGGGCAAGAAGACAAGCCUGGAAACAGAAUAGAACGUGAGGAGUCACGACUAAUGCACCUGGCCUGUGUGCUUUCAACUCCACGAGCCAGUCACCAUACCACCAGCAACCGGCCCUCUGAGAGAGACACAAAAUAAACGAGUAGAAAAGAGUUAAGUAGAAGUAGAGUAGAGUGGAAUGAGCGGGUCUUGGAGUGGGCAGACGAGAGAGGAGAAGAGCAAAGAGCGACAAAGUGACUGAAGUUGACCUGGGCACCGAGGACUGGGGGUCUGGGGGACUGCCAGCAGUGGAACCACACCACGGUGAGUGUUACAGGUUACCAGUUACCAUUGCUCUGAUAGAUAGAGUUGCGUUCACCUGUGUGUGCAAGGUUGCCUGUUUUGUUACCUUUAAACUCUCCCGCAUUAUAUUCAGAGCCAGAGCCUGUCAGUGUAUGUGUUGCUGCUUCUGUUGCUGACAUCUGUCCUGUAUAAGCUGUAAGUGUUCGUCGGUGUGUCCUGUGUCGUCUACUUAACUCACAUCAGUGUCUGUACUCUAGACUCUACUCCACUCAGUUCACUCCAAUAUUUUAUAUAUACAUAUUUAUACAUACUCUACAAUAUCAUCAAUAUAACUUUGACCAGCGUUUAGUCUACGGACAAUAAACUCGAUGUGAUCUCGUGGCAGAUGUGCAUUACACCCACUAGUCUUGUAUGUAUUUUAAGACAAGACCACCAAGUUUUAGUCUCAGUCUCAGUUCCAGACUCAGUUUAAAAUCACCGACGACUAAAGUAAAACACAAGAAAUUAAAUCUACAGGAUUGUUAUUAUUAUUUUUAAUAACAAGUUUUAUUUAAAUGCUGAUCCGCGUGUGCAAAUCCAAACAGUACGCAAAUGCUGACACUAAUUGCCGCACAAUAACAGGUGUGUAAGUGUGUGUAGGUGUUGUUGGCUCUGCUGAUGAACAAUAUGGACAGAGAGCUGGAUCAGUGUGACAGCGACAAUUUGAAUGACAGUGAGGCCGAACGGAAAGGAGAAGUUGAGUUUCAUGACCUGAGGCAUCAUCGUAAUAUGGAUUAUUCUGUUGAUCCUGAUACUGAGAGAGAUGUUGAACGCGAUCAAAAUAAUCACUCUGACAUACUGGACGAGAAGGUCGAUUACAAAAUGGGUAGAGACUUCCGUAAUUUGGGGCACCAUCGUGGUAUGGUACACAUACACAGCGGCAUUGAGCACUUGAAUAACACUGACGUUGAGGUUAAAUUAGCGAGAGAUGUUAGAGGUUCUCUGGGCCUUGGGCUGUCGCUAGAAUUGUGUGUCGUCUGCGGUGACCGUGCAAGUGGGCGUCAUUAUGGCGCGAUAAGCUGCGAAGGAUGCAAAGGUUUUUUUAAACGGAGUAUCCGUAAACAACUGGGCUAUCAGUGCCGAGGAAGUAAAUCCUGUGAGGUCACUAAGCAUCAUCGGAAUCGUUGUCAGUAUUGUCGGCUUCAAAAAUGCCUGGCAAUGGGAAUGAGGAGUGACUCGGUGCAGCACGAGCGAAAACCGGUACUUGGUGAAGCAGCAAGCACUAAAUUAAGUAAUCGCAGUGCGAGAGUUAAACCAGAGCCUCAACAAUCAGCACCAGAGACAGCACCCAUUUGGGAACCUCCAGAAAGUCCAAGUGUCGAAGACCAAAGCAGUGACAGUGAUCUGAGUGAUGCAUUGACUCUGGCACGUGAACGUUUGCUCAUUUCACAUGCGCUCGAGGGAAUGGCUAAACUCAUUGGUGAUAGUGUAAAUGGGUCCGAUGAGCCAGAGGAAGAGUGGACUGGCCAGCUUUUGUUUGAGCGGCACACAGUCUUUGAACUACGGGCACCUAGUCCAGCUCCAGCAUACUUAUCAAUUCACUAUAUUUGUGAGAGUGCUGCGAGGUUGUUAUUUUUAUCCGUUCACUGGGCACGAGGAAUACCCGCUUUUCAAGCACUCCCCUCGGACGUUCAGACUUCCCUGGUACGAAGUUCAUGGGGUCAGUUGUUUACUCUAGGUCUUGCGCAGUGUGCAUACACUCUGUCACUACCCAGUAUUUUGACGUCAAUUAUAAAUCACCUGCAGGCGAGCAUCGCUCAGGAAAAAAUAACAGCGAGUAAAGUUAAAUUGAUAACUGAGCACAUAUGCAGACUCCAGGAUUGCGUUAGUUCCCUUCAUAAAAUGCAGGUUGACUCAACGGAGUACGCCUACCUCAAGGCUCUGACACUCUUCAGUUCAGACAAUAUUUUAGCUGACGCUUGGCGUAAGAAAGUCGAAGUGCUGCAGGAAGCAGCAUGGAGUGAACUUCAGCAACGAGUUGGAUCAGAUCGACUACCUCGACUACUACUAAGACUAGCUCCGCUUCGUGCAAUAAAUCCACGAGUUUUAGAAGAUUUAUUUUUCGCGGGUCUUAUUGGCAGAGUCAGCGUUGCUUCAGUCGUGCCUUACAUACUUGGUAUGCAGGAUUGUAAAACAGAAUCAGAUGCCCAAAUGAUUGAACGAUUCCCCACAAAGAAGACGGAGAAUCACGAUAAUAAAAUUAAAGAGCAACAGCGCAAACGCGGUAUUGUACUCACACAUUUAAUUCACAAUAAAAAGCCAAGACGAGUACGAUUAGACGUGACUACAAAACCUAAAGGAAAAAAGAAACGGUCUAAGAAAGUAGAUCGUCCGAGCAGUGUCAUUGAAAAAGAACAAGGCCAGAGUAGUAACACUACUGCUGCUAACAACAACAACAACAUUAACAUCAAUAAUAACAAUAAUAAUAGUAGUAGUAAUAGCGAUAAUAACAACAAAGUGAUAAAGGAAGUUGAUGAGAUUGUUAGUAAGGAAGUAAAAACAGAAGUAUUUAAAAAUAAAAUGGAAUAUUCAAUAUCACGAUUAGACAAUCGUGUACCCAAGGAGACACCAAUUACUGAUGAUUACGAGAUAAGUAAUCAUGUACUAGGACUUGGUAUCAAUGGGCAAGUUGUUGAAUGCUAUGACAAAAAUACGAGAGAAAAAUAUGCCCUUAAGGUACUUUAUGACUGUAUGAAAGCGCGGAGAGAAGUCGAAUUACACUGGAGAGCUUCUAAUUGUAAACAUAUUGUUCAAGUUAAAGAUGUUUAUGAAAACACUUAUGGAGGAAAUAAAUGUCUACUUGUAGUAAUGGAAUGUAUGGAGGGUGGAGAACUUUUUCAACGGAUACAAGAUCGCCAGGAAGGCGCGUUUACUGAAAGAGAAGCUGCACAAAUAAUGUACGGAAUUUGUCUUGCAGUAAAGCAUCUUCACGAUAUGAAUAUUGCUCACAGAGAUCUUAAACCUGAAAAUCUUUUGUAUUCAAAAUUAGAUAGCUCGGGAAUACUGAAAUUAACAGACUUUGGUUUUGCGAAAGAGACUAAUGUCAAAAACACAUUACAAACACCGUGUUACACACCUUAUUAUGUUGCUCCUGAAGUAUUGGGACCAGAAAAGUAUGACAAGAGCUGUGAUAUCUGGUCAUUGGGAGUGAUAAUGUACAUUUUACUGUGCGGUUUCCCGCCGUUUUACAGCAACCACGGCCUAGCUAUAUCACCGGGUAUGAAAAAGCGAAUUCGUUUAGGUCAAUACGACUUUCCCGCUCCAGAAUGGGAACACGUGAGCACUGAGGCACGAGAUUUGAUAAAAGGAAUGCUGCGUACAGAUCCAGCUGAAAGAUUUACCAUCGAAGAUGUUAUGAGAAACAACUGGAUUUGUAAACACACAGAAGUACCGCCGACUCCAUUGCAUACCGGGCGAGUCUUGCGUGAAGGAGAAGAACUUUGGCCAGAAGUACAAGAAGAGAUGACCCGGUCUCUUGCGACAAUGCGUGUCGACUACGAUGCCGCUAAUUUGAAACAAUUAGACAAUUCAAACAACCCGCUGUUGAUUAAACGUCGACGGGCGAAACAAGCCGCCGCCGUAGGGCCUCCACUGUCUCCUACACCCGCGUCAUAAGACAAUAAUAUUACUAAUUAAUUAAUUGAUUUAUAUGAUCAAUAGACCAAUCAUAUAAUGAUUACAAAAUGUCUAUACUAAGAUAAUUGUUGAUGUUUUAAUUACGACGAGCUAUGGCUUACGUUACUGACAAUAUUGUGAAAAAAAAUACCGCCCACUGUGCAGCUAUUUUACAAUACACAUAUUAAAUAUAUUAUUCUCAUAUAUAGACAAAUAAAUAUAUAUAUAUUUUAAUUAUCAAAUUAACGAGUUAUCACAGUAGUUUAGCGCGGACUAGGUUGUCAAUUAUAAAAUACUAUUGAAAUAUGUACAAGUCUUUAAAAAAUAAUGAAUUUACUUAAGAAAUUUACCUGCUAAAUAGUAUAGAUAUAUAUAUAUCUAUAUAUUUAACGUAUUACAAAUGAAAUUGUGAUACAAUUAUCAAUAAAUGGCCGUAAUAUUUAAGUGUCAUGAUAAUAAAACUCUGUUAAAAUGCUCGAUAACAUCUGGUGCCGUCCAAAAUUAUCUAUUGCAUUUUAUUUAUUUUUUUCAAAGAAUGGUAGAUAAGCACGGACCUAAAUAUGAGCUUAUGAAUUAUAAUUAAGUAAUUAUAAUUAAUAAAAUAAGUAUAUUUAUGUGACAAAGGUAAAAUAUGUUUCAUAAGUUGGUUUAAAAAUGGCAGGUAGAGUAAAACUUAAGAAAAUUAUUUGAAUAUUUAAGUGGUCGGUUAAUGAGUUUAUGGUUUAGUUGAUUUAAGCGUAAAUAUAUUCAUGAGAAAAUGGAUUUUUAAAAUUUUAAUUGGAGAAGAGGCUGGUUUAUAAGCAAGGUGACCAGGAAGUUUUGUCGUAUUGACACUGAGCACGAGUGCGCGUUUACUUCAAUUCACGGUUUAAUUUAUCUUGUACUUGCUAUUAAUUAUUAAUUAGUAA